AAAGCUACGAAAGUGGACGGACGCGGGGCAAAAUCUUUGGAUUUUUCCGGAGUCAGGGAGGUUGUACCCGCAUCGCUGCCUUUGCAAGAGCCAAGUACAGUUCACCAGCAGCAAAAGUUUCAACGAUGGGUCCCUCCGCAAAUAAACCGGCUUCAAUAUUGCCAAGAUGAAGCGGUUUUUCGACGGGUCCGAGGGUAAUGAUGCUUUAGCCUUUUUAGAUUGCCACAGUUAAAUGACUCUGGUCCCAAGUUGUCCUUACAUUUUGACUAAUUUCCCCUCAGAGUUUCUUAAACUGUAACAGUAAACACUGGGAUUCUGAAAUUGAGCUGUAUCACCUUGAGCUUUUUACAGCACGCUUUAAGUGCAAUCAAGCUGUCGAAUUAACGUUUAUUACGGCUACAUUUUGGUUUUGAUAAAUCGCAAAUGUAUAUCAUUGUAUGUAUUUUAUAUAGGAAUUUUUAUAAAAAGGAAAAAAUUAAUUCACAGCUGCUUGUUCAGAAAACAAUUUUGCUAUAUUUCUUUACUUAUUGGUUUACAGCUAUUUCUAGGUUAUUGUAUUUAGCUUGAAUCGUAAUUUGUCUGUUGAUGUUAAGUCUUUCUAGCCUUUCUGGCAUGGCUGACUUUUUAAUAGUUCAACUGGAUGGCCAGUACACAGUAUUUAAAUUUUUCCGAAAGGUCACAUUCCAGCCACCGUAAACAUGACACUGAGCAUGUUUAACCCUAAUAUCAAAAUUCAAAUUCUCAUCCGUUGCCCCUAUGCAUUGCCAAUGAAGGUAGUUGGGAGAAGUUAUUUAAGUAUCAACCAGAUUCAUGUUAUGUGAUCUUGCCCUUAUUCUCAUUGCCCAUUUGUUAAUUAAUCAUUGAUAACAUAACUAAUUUCCAAUAUUGGAAUCUGUAUUGAUGCAAAUAAUACAAGUGACAGAUCUGUAAAAAUCUGAAAAAAAAAGGAAGGAUGCGUACAUAGCUAAGACACUUUGAAAGCCCUCAGUCAAUCAUGGUUCAUGUGAGAAUGAAGCAAUGAGCCAAUCAGUGAUUAUUUUAGCUUACUGUGUACCAGGGUCUUCUCUCCUGCCGCACCAUUAUAUAUACGAGAAGACCCUGCAGGGUUUUCAAUAAGAAUUCUAUUAGCAGGACAAAGGUGUAACAUUACAGGAGAAUAUUUUGAUUGAGGCUCUCAUUCGAAUAAAAAUUAGUCAUAUACCAAAAUGUAAGCUUCCGAGCAUUUGCUGGAGAAUUCUGCGUAAGUAAUGGAGAAAUCUCCACUCUCUGAUGCCUAAUGAACACCCUGCCUUGGGAUGAGUUUGGUACAGUAGUAAACCAUGCCAACGUAGCGGGGUACCCAACCCCCACAGGACACAUGAGUUGUAGCCUUGACACUAUUUAUUACUAAAACCUUGCUUAGACAUGGAUUCCAGCAAUGCACAGUUAAUGGAGUCGUUUGUUUUGCUUGUAGGAUCCUCAAUAAAUUAACUCCGGAUAAAUUUGAUAAACUUUGUAAUGAGCUGCUGGAAGUGGGUAUUGAGACCAAGUACAUUCUCAAAGGAGUGAUUCUGUUGGUAAGUUAAUGAGAAAAAAAUUAUACAGUCAACCCUCUACUUAAUGGCCAUUUCUCCACAAUAGCCACGUCUUUACACGGUCAUCUUUUUUAGUAGACAGUCCAUACAAUUAACUCUUGUUUAAGCCUCUCUACAACAGCCUCCUCUCUAUAACAGCCACUUUCUUCACUGGAAAACAAAUUAAUGGUACCAUGUUAAAGUGCUGCCAAAGAGGUUUUAUUUUAAAAAAUGUUUGCACUAUAGGAUUUCUUUAUCAGACUCAAAAGUUAGAGCCACCUUGUAUACAUGCAGUACAAGAAGGAAAGUAAUUCUCAGUAGCUUUCAUUUGACUGGUCACACAUUAAUAAGGAUUUUUAAUUCGCCCACAGACCUCAAUAAUUAGAACCAUCUUGUACUAUUGGUGAUUAAUGAUUAAUUGCGAUUAUGACCGUGAUUAAUAGCGAUUAUGACCGUUUGGUUCCAUUCAUGAUUCUUUGGGCGUGAUCCAUUCAACCAAAAUUCCAACCGGUCCGACCGGGAAAAGAGGACCACCUCAAAAGGUGGACCCGUUUUUUCGAAACUUUUCCGGUUGGACCGAACCGAUCCAUUGAGUUUUGGACCGAAAUUUCCGGAAAUUUUGGUUGAAUGGAUCGCGCCCUUUGCUUCCACUUUUCAAUUUUGGUUUGAUUUUUGCAAUAUACCUGUUCCAGGGUACCCUCAGUGUGUUAUUAUUUUGUAAAAUCAGAUUCCAGAACUCUUUAAAAUGUGCAUUUUUGAAUGAUGAGCAAAGACUAUUGCAGUUUGUGCACCAUUUCGUGUUGCCUUAGAAUUUCCAGAUAAGGAAAACCUUGUGUGACCCACUCUUUGUCUGAAAGGUUCUCAAACAUGGAGACGAACGACUGAGUGACUGUAAAUCCUCCUGUCCCUGUUACUAUUUUCAAAUUGAGCGUUAAGGGUUACAUGUUUACAUCACGCAUUAUGUUAUAAGAAUUAAGAAACAUUUACAUACUCAAAUCAAAAUAAUCGAAAUAAAAUCGCAAGGAAUAUGAAUCAUUAACCCCUACCUUGCACAGCUUAAUAAACAGUACCACAGGAAAGUAUUGUUCAGUAGCUUUCAUUUGACUGGUCACAAUGUAGGGUUUCACCCACAGAUUCAAUCAAAAGUUGCAAAAACUCAAAUCUUUGCUAGUCUUACAGUAGCAUCUCUGUUCUCACAUCCCAUGAUCCAAGUAAAAGUAAAAUGUGCUGAUAUGGGUCUUGAACUUCAAGGUUUUUGAAAAAGCUCUCGAUGAACCAAAGUACAGUUCUAUGUAUGCCCAGCUGUGUCUGCGGCUCAGUGAAGAGGCACCAAAUUUUGAUGAUCCUGGAAAAACUGGCAACUCAGUAAGUAUAAUAUUCAUUGCAAUGCUUAUUAUCUCGUUUGUCAUGUCACAAGUUAUUUUUUUUUUGCCAUGUUUUAGUUACCUCAUGUCCUGAUGAAACACCUUUCCUUAAAAGACAGCAUUUUAUAUUAGUGGAAAAUUAUUUGAAUAAUUUAUUUAGUACUGACAGUGUGCUACAAGGCUAAGGAAUACAUGUAGCCAGACAGGCUUAUUUAUUAGACAAGCGAGCUUUUUUCUUACUUCAUCUUCAAAAUUACCCUUUUUCUUUUUCCAGUGCAAUUUGAGCCAGUCGUAAACUCUCUUUUAGCCAUUGAAAUUGGCCCAUAUAUAUUUCAAACGAAUAUAUCCUGUAUUUAAUAAUGUUGGUGAAAGCUUCCACGCAUAGCUUUGGAAGAUGAGCAUUAUACAAACAGAGAUCUCAAAAUUUCAAAUAACGGAGCACAUCCCGAGACUUGCCUAUUUUUACCUUUUCACAAAAUCUGCUCUUAAAAAAAAAUAUCAAGCUGAAUGCUUUGAAAGGCCAGCUUUUAGGAAUUUCAGGGCGAAUGCACUCUUCUGAUUUCACAGCCGAUUCAUCCAGCUUUCCGUACUGCUGUAGUAACUCCAAUAGCUGCUUACGAACUGCAAAAAUCUAACAAAGAUUCAUAUCGAUAAAAGCUUCAUAUGCGUAUUUAAUAUUCCUAAGGAGAACUGACAGGAAAAAGCUCAUUUAAAAGCCAAUAAAUGGUAGAAUUUCAAGGCCUAAUUUUUGUUGAUGAGAUCCUGAUAUUUCACCUUAACCAUGUUGUGUAUUUCGAAUCAUCUCACUUUCAAAAUGAUCAAAAACUGAUGUAUGAUCUCAUGGCUGUCGCAUCACAUUUCCAAUCAAGGAAAUAAACUUUGAAGUGUUGACAAGGGCUGUCAAAAUAAACUAAUGAUAGCGUAUACCAGAAUCUGGUACACCUCGACUAGCUUUUGUUAAAAAGUACUGCAGGCGUUCCUUUGCUCUGACCCCCUACGCCACCCACUUGCUGUAUUUUCUGCUCACAUCCCUUUGCUCCGCCUCACGAUUUUAACACCUGCAACAGGCUACAAAAGCAUCCUUACAAUUUACCAACGUUUCUAACUCUUUCCAUUGUAAAUGCUUCAAAACAUGUCAUGUGCCACAUUAAACGGCACCUUUUGCAUCUGCCAUUUCAAAUCUGCUCCAGGAAAAAUAAUUUAUGCUGCCUGUUUUGAUUCGGGCGGGCAACAAUGUAAUAAUUGUUGGAAAUUAUCAAUAGUAGAAAACCCAGGCUUCCAGUUAUCUUUUCCCAAACAGCUACCAGUAAUACUUCACAGGCAGACACAACUGAGGCACAUGUAUCCUUAUUGUAACAUUAUAAGGAAUGUGUGAAGAGCUCUUUUGUCUUUAGAACAGGAGAACUGCCCAUCGUAAAGAAGUAUCCCUAUAUGUGUUAUAAAAAGGGGUUGAAAUGUAUUAAUGUAUGUACAUGUAUUAUUAUUACUAUUAUUAUUAUUUUGAUUUGUAGACAUUCAGACGUUUGCUGCUUAAACAAUGCGAGGAGGAAUUCAACAACAGAACUAAAGCUAGUCAAGGUAAACAUUAAGUUUGACAUGUUUAGUUUUCAUUUAUUUUGAUUGUAGGAAGUUCAUUUGCAUUAAAUUAUACAACUGUUAUGCUGGGCAAUUUAUUAACAGGCUUUUAAUUUUCGACAAGUAACAGACAAGAGAGAAGAGUGUAUUUUCCUUACAAACAUUAAACAAAUAAAUUGUGACUUGGGGCCUAAUUAAUAUGUACAUUUAUGAUUGUUUUGUAGCCUGAAUUCAAUGCCACUGAAGAUCAGUUUUUAGUUAUGGGGAUUUGUAGUAACUUUAUUGUUGAUUCUUUCAUAUGUUUUAGCUUUUGAUAAAAAAGAUGGACCACUUACACCGGACGAGGAAGAGCAGAGGUGUACUAUCAAACGCAAAGUGUUGGGCAACAUACGCUUCAUUGGUAAGUGCUGGCAGAGCAAAUAAAAGCAUGACAUCACACAAUGUCCGUUUAAAAUUUACCUGUGUCCAACAAAACCCUACUUGCAGUUGGUCAUGAAUGCCAAUCAGAUCAAAUACCACAGGCUGUCUUUUUUAGCCGAGGGAUGGUUUUGAAUUAGUGGAGCCCCAUAGCUAAAUCUUGAUGCAUUGAAUUCAGUUCAAAGAAGUUAACAACAAAGAGUGAAAUCAUUAGAGUUUGAUACAGUCAUUGUUCACAUGAUGUUUGUUUCAAACACCAUUAUUUAGGAUUUUUUUCAAUCACUGGUUGCUACGAGGUGUAUUCUGCUAGAUUUCUUCCUAAAAAUAUAAUAUUAAAAAGAAUAAUAAUGUUAAAAUUCAUUCCACAAAAAUACCAAUACCUUGCUGGCAGGGAAAUCUUGUGAUGGAAACAGUGUGCUACCGUAACUCCUUGCAUUGUUCCACUAGCACUGGUUAUUGGUUAGCAAUUCUUUUGUGCCCUGAUCUAUCAAAGAACAAUAUUAAAUUGUCAGAUGAGGUAUAGUGACUGUUGGUUUGUCUUGUCUGAAAUUGUUUUUCCUCCCGCAGGUGAACUUGCGAAGUAUGACAUGUUGCACGAAGCCAUUGUACACAGGUGCAUCAAGCAGGUCAAUGAAUAUUUUUAUUGUUCAUUCCUUAUAUGAUUACAAGAACAUUGUAUUGGCACUAAAAUGUGCAAGUUCUUGGUCUUGGAAUAUUCUUUUUUUUUUAUCGUGGAAAAUUUCUUGAAAACUCCCUGAAAUUUCAUCCUCACUUAGUAACAAACACUGAUGAAAUUUCUAUUCUACAGUUGUUGGACAAGAAGAAGAGAGCAACAAUGGCAGACAUGUCAGAAUCCAUGGAGUGCCUCUGUUACCUGAUGAAGACUGUGGGUCCUAAACUGGAUAUUCCCAAGGCAAAGGUAUAUUUCCUUCUGUAGUUAGAUGACAUUAGCAAAGUGUUCCAAGGAAAAUUAGUGGUCUCUGGAUAAUGGUUUAACCCACAUUCUCUGGCAGUUUUCAAGUUCACAGAGUCUUUUUGUAGCAAUGUCAUAGCAGUUGUUGCAGAAUUCUUUUUACAGCUUUUUUACUGUUCCUUAACCCCAACCAGUCCUUUUGUUUUCGGCCUCCACUGAUUUAGUGUGGGAUGGCCUUAGUGUCUCCCAUGGGGGGAGGGUCAAGGAUUUGUGAGCUGUAGGUAUGGUAUUCUAAUCUUUUAGUGCUAGCUGGCCACAGUCAAAGUUCCUGAGUACAGUACCAAGGGUUUCACCUUCCAUUUAUAAAGAACGUUGGGGUAUUAUUUUUGUAACAGUGGAUCCCUGAAAAAACAAGUUCCAAGGAACUUGAAAAAUAAUUUGUUACAACUGGGGUACAAUUUAUGGGGCUUCUUUUCCCAGCACCCAUUUUACUACAAUUUGUCAUGAAAAAUUCUGUAAUUUGUUAAACUGAAGUUUUGCUAUAGGGGUUUGUUUUGUGGGGGUUUCACUGAGUUGGGAUGUUUUUCUUUAAUUUUCUCUUUCCCUGCUCUCAGGAUUGCAACAGUGAACUGAUUAUUUUUGAAAUUGAUUGUUGCAGCCCUUGAUGGAUCAGUACUUUGAGCGAAUUCAGCAGCUUUUAAGCCGUAGUGACUUCCCAGCCCGUAUUAGGUUCAUGAUUGAGGAUGUCAUUGACCUUCGGAAUGCCAAGGUAGAUUUCCAAGUGCAUCAACUCAAUUUUGAUUGUAAAUACACUUUUGUUUUAUUUUUUCAUUACUCAUCAUACAGUAUCAUGUAUGAUACACCAAGGAAUACGAAGAAAAAAAUAUAUUCGUAUUUACUUUUAUCCUUUUGAAGUAUUACAAUGUAAAAUUAAUCCAUAGUGUGUAAAAUCAGAAGCAUACAUGAGGACUUGUUUUUCUCUUGGUGGUAACUUUCAAAACAUGGGUGCAAAAUCAAAAAUGUUUUAAGUGUUGGCAAAAUACAUAAAUAACAAACAAAUAAUGUACAACCAUGUAUCAACCAGCUUACUUGAAUCACCAUAAGAGGUUUUAGAAUGUGGAAUUUUUUGCACAAGCUCCUGGUCAGCAUCAGAUUUGCUAUGUGGAAUGUCCAAAACUUGAAAAUGAGAAUUUGAUUACCAACUCAAUAGCUUUAAGUAUUAUCUUAAUAGUUCAUAAAAUUCACUCAAGAUUAGUUUGUGGUUUUUAUCACAUUCCUUGAGAACUGUUUUAUUUGCUGUUGACAGAGAAAAAAAACAUCAUCAUGCUAGCCUGAGACUGUCUUUGAAGAAUUGUUAAAAUGUUGUCCCUUUAGUUGUCGGACAAAAUCCUCUAUUGCUUUCUUUUACAGUGGAUUCCACGAAAAUCUGCUAAUGAGGUAGGACCAAAGAUGAUCCAGCAAAUUCGCCAGGAAGCUUGGCAGGUACCUUUUUGUUUUUUGUCAUCGCACAGAGUCAACCCAAAUUUGUAAGCUUAUUGCAUCAUUCUUGGUGGUUUUAUCCACAGGGCCUUGUUGGUCAUCCUGGAUUCCACGUGCCACCUCACGGCCACAUGUCCAGGAACGCCCCACCUCUGACUCACAGUGGCUGGAUGAAUCGCCCCAGUGGAGGUGGCAGACCUGCAGAACCUCCACACAGUCGUGGAAUGAAUGAUGUCUUUGUUACCGACAAUGGUUUUCGUCCCUCUGGUCCCCGGUUUGAUGAGUUUAGCACUGGUGCAAUGCCAACAGACAGGAGAUCAUUUGGUUUGAGGUUAUUAAUUUUGUAUUUAUGUGAACACUUUUUAUAGGUAUUUUAAAAAUAGUACCAUACAUUGUAGUACACUUACUACUCUUCAGCUUUUUGUGGUUCAGGCACUUACCAGAGUGCUAGUAGUUUUUUGCAUGUCAGUUUUGUUCAUGUGUCAUAGUAUGUUGAUCCUUCAUUGUUGUACUUGUACACUUAUUAUGUUCACUUAUUAUGUUCACUGCAAGAAAAGUACACUGGUUUGCGAAGUAAUCAUCAUUUUUGUUGGUCAGUUUACUUGCUAGUACAUGUACAUCCAUACCACAGACAGUUUUGUUCAUGCAUUUAUAGUAUGUUAACCUUAGUUUUUCGUACUGUACUUGUUCCCUUAACUAAAGUUCAGCAGUAAAAAUCUAGUACAACACUUUGUAUGGGCAAAUAACUUGUUCAGAAGCUUAGCUCCCUUACUUUGGGUUUGUCCAUGAUCCAAGAAUUCUUGUUGUUCGUUUAGAUAUGAUGAUGAGGACUAUGAUCGAUUUGCUACUCGAGAUCCAUGGGCCGACUUGCCAACGAAACAAAGCUCCACAUCUGUCAAUUCAAUGACUAAACCAGUAGGAGGUAAAUAGCUGUUUUCAAAUUGUCGAACUACCAUGAUUGUCUUUACACUGCUAGUUUCAAUUAUGGAAGCAUUUAAUAAUUCUCUGAAGAGCAUUUGAGUCUGCAGACAAAAUCCUAUGGUGUGUCCAAUCUUUGAAUAUUAUUGAAAGCUUACUGAGCGGUACUUUGCUGUGGUACUGUUUGGUUUGUCAUGUAGGUGGUUUGGGACCUUUUGAGUAUGUGGACCAAAUUCUGAACUGUGACGGUCACCAUUCAAAUGAAACCACUUUACAUGCAUGUAGCAGUACAUGUACUUUCACAUGGUCCUGUUUGUUGUUUACAGGGUCCUUCAGAACAUUUAAAGUAUAAGGAGAAAAAUAUAAAAUUAGUACACAACAACAAAUUAGAUCAAAAGUGGCUCUGCCUUUUACUUAAACCAGCAGCAUUUGGAGGUCCUAAAAAGUUUGUUUUAAUGACCUUUGAGCGACAAAGGGAAGUAUUUAGCCAUGAGGAAGGCACCUUUAUUGCCUACAUUUGUUUUAUAUUUUUAUACAUUUGUUUUUAUCCAGUGGGAGACUCAAGAAACAAAUGCGACCAAUUAAUUUUCCCUUUUGAAUACACUUCUGUAAGUAGUUGUCACUACCAUGAUGACAAUAUGAUGAAGUCAGUCUUUAUGUUUCGACAAUAAAAUGAAAUUUGAAGAAUUUGUCAAAAAUUAUCUCAAUCCUGAGCUUUUUGGGGGUAAAAGAUUAUCCAUUUGAUGCUUACAUGUAUCUGUUGGUUAAACAGUAUGUUAUUUUAAAAAAAGACUCAGUGGUAAAUAUCACAUGCAUUGUUGGAGCUUCUAUUUAAUGAUAUGUAUUCUUUCUUUAACAACUAGGUGGUUGGAGAUAUUCUUCAAGACCAAACCACUCAAAUGCUGAUGGAGAGGUACACAUAACACUUUUUAUUGUUAGGCCUAAUUGAAAGACCUUUCUCAAUUCACAUUAAAUGAGGGAGACGUCAUUUAGGUAGUCUUUCUCUCACAGUCAGAGGACGAUCAAACAUACAUUUGCAUUUUUUUUUUCAACUUGGUUUGGUGAUGAAUCGGUUUCUUUUUAGAAGAAACACUUGGAAUAAUUCAAAAAUGGCAUCACUUGUUUCCAAAAGGAAAAACUGCAUGUGUUAAUGGAUGACAUCUUCCUCAAGACUACUACACUGGGCCAGAGGGGAUCAUUUGAGGAUGGUUUUUAAAUAGGGACUUGGCUUCAUUUCCAUAAAACAUGUAGUUUCUGAUAUGGUAAAUGCAUGGUUUUUAUAUUUUAGUGGAAGUGUACUUAGCUAUGCAGCUUGUUUACAGACACUCCACUCAAAUAAUGAUAAUUGGAAACAGAUAAUCUAAGUACAACAUACCAAGAUCAAAAACCUCUACUAGCAGGAGGCAACCAGUUGGUUAUUUAUAAACAUGGCGUAGUAUCUGAACUCUAGUGGACCACCAAGAACAAAUCCAGGUAAUUGUCUGAACAAAUCAAACCUGGGACUGCCAGAUUGCAAGUUCGACAUGCUGAUCACUCGGACAUGUUGCCUCUCUGUCGGGGAUGAUAAAUUUAUUUUCAUGUUUCUUUGCUUUCUAGAUAAGUUUGAGGCCAGCAAGGGACUCAAUUGCUGCUGCCCAGAGACCUGGAGUUGCUGGCAGAUCUCAAACUCCACCAGCUCAAAAAAGGCUGGUAAGGAAUGUUUUCCUCUUUGUUUUUUGACUGGGAGAGACAGCUCCAUUUGGUCAGGACUUUCUGUUUUCCAUGUUUGUAAUUGGUAUAGGGUUGCUGGACUUUGUUCAUACCCUGUUAAACAUCCCUGCAGUUUUAUAUUGCUUAGCGGCAAAUCGUUAAACACAGACAGUACAUGUACUUCAAGAUACAGUGUACUGUUAACAAUGAUUGAAUGAGGCUGAGUACGAUGUAAGGAAUUAUGCAGAUCAAGGAGAACUUAAGCCAUAUGCGGGGGUGGGUUACUUCUUCUGUGAUCAGCAUAAUUCUUCACAUCAUACGAAAGCCAAAGUCAAAAGCAGAUAUCAUCCAUCGGGAUAUGUUUUGUGUAUUCUUUUAUUUCUUCUGUUCAGUUUUAGUCAGAAAUUCCGCCAUUUUGUCUUUGGAUAGCCUUGACUGCCAUUUGUUUUUGUUCACUAUUGCCGAAGCAGCAAUGCGUCCAGGCAAAUAUACCAUCUAAUCAAUGGUAUAUUUAUUGCUGGCAUCUUCCAAAUUUGGUCAGCAUUAGCUGGUUAAGAAAAAAUAACGAAGAUUAAAGCCAGUAAGAAACGUCAUAAUAUUUUGAAUGAAUUUGGUCAGCAUUAGCUGAUUGUGAAAAAUUAAUCUGGGAUUAAAGCCAGUCAGAGACGUCAUAAUAUUUUGAAUGAAUAAUGAUUAGCAGUUAUACCUUGUAUGGCCUUUAUUUCUCAUGUUUCUUCCAGUUUUUAAAAUAUAUGCUUUAUAAGAAUGCUUAAGUGAUGAAACUAGGGAUUAUGUUGCUAAAGAAAAUACACAAACAUGUAGUACCAUGUGAAAGAAUUGCUGAAGAGGUUUGGUUUGGAUGGUUGCAUCGCAGGUUUUCGCCAUCAAGUGUGAAAGUUGAAACACCCUCGCCUCCGUAAAGUUGCCCCUAGAGGGUUUAGUCCUCUCAUUCGCACAACUAAUUUUUUGUAUAAUAGAGUCGUAAUUAUACGGUACAUGCAUUUAUGUGACCAGUCAUUCAUUAUAACGAUUCUUUUAUAUCGUUCACUGAUCACUGAUCACUUGUUAAACUACUUUAAUUUUUCAGGAUCCUUUAAACAGAACUGCUGCUCCACCCAUUAUUGAAAAAACAAAGAAGCAAAAUAAACAGCAGGCGCCUUCAACAGCUGAUCUUAACAAACAAGUGGUGAGCCAAGUCUGUCACUUCUUUGCAAGGUUUCAAAGAAAAAAUGUUUCUAGUUUGUAAGACACGCAACAGGCUUCAAACUAAGAAAAUAAAUGAAAAUAGUUUCACUCCAAAACGUUUCUGCAGUUUCUAAGGUCGUACUUUUGCUUACGAAGUUUUGGCUCUAGAUCUACUUUCUAAUUACAACGUUGGUCGAAUUUGACUUUCCAGUUAACUGGAUGGGGGUAAUGGGGGGAGGGGGGAGGGGGGGGCAGCUCCUGAAACCUUUUGUUACUGGUAUUUACAUGUAGCGUCAAAAGUUUACUGUAAAUUUAUAUUAUUCUGGCAUUCUCAAUUUUUUACUCUUUGUUCAAGAACAAUAAAAUUUUUUAAAGAAUGAAAGGCAAGGUAGGCUGAAGGCUGAGGUUUCUUUUCAAAUCAGUUACACACUCGAUUUGGUCGAAAGAGAAAAGAAGUUGUCUUGCCGCUGUACUUCCACUUACAUUAAUACAGCCUUCAAAAGGAAUUAAGGAGUUAAACAAUUGCAACAGGGUGACAGCUUCCUUCAGUAAUGCUGUAUGAAACUCCUAGCUUGCUUAACUUAUAGCUUCAAGGCUCUACUCUAAGAAAUAUUGAAGGGAGCCCAGUGCUCUGAAACUGUGAAAUCUAGGGUGCCCAGCAUAUGAUAUGUAUGAAAAAAAGGAGAUUUUGUAGUCGCCUUAAAAGCAGAAGUUAGGCGCCAGGGGGAUUCAGGCUCUGCUAGAGCCUUGAGCUUUUAGUUGUGUGGUGUACAUGAUGGUAAUAGACCUUGCAUCUGUUGUUUUUCUCAGGAGAACAUUGUCACAGAAUAUUUAGAUUCUAAAGACACUGAUGCAGCAGUGAAAGCCGUGCAAGACAUCAAAGGGUCAAGGUAAGUGUCUCUUCGUUUUAAUGUUUUGAUUGUCAAAGGCCGAAGUUCGUAAAAAUCCCCAAUUUCGUUUCGUAAAAUAUAAGCACAGUAAUAAUAAGCAACGACGAAUUUUUCUUUCUCUUUUUAAACUUGACUGCGGUCCCCAAGAAAUCAAUCCCAGGGAAAUUCGCCUACAUUUGACAUUUUCGACAAAUUGUUAGAAACGCGGAAAAGUUUUUUAAUACGCAAAUUCAUUCUAAAAGUGACGUUUUCGCUGCCUUGGCGUCGUUCUUGCUAAAGCUCCCUAAUAAACAGAGUCACAGGAAAGUACUGCUCAGUAGCUUUCAUCUGAAUGGUCACCCUUUAGGAUUUUAUUUAGGGACUUGGGGACUGCAGUCCCCAAGAAAUCAAUCCCAAGGAAUUUCGCCUACAUUUGACAUUUUCAGCAAAUUGUUAGAAACGCGGAAAAGUUUUUCAAAGCGCAAAUUCAGCAAGCGCAAGUUACAACUACCUUAUACAGCGUAAGAGAUAGCGCCACGGAAGAGUACUGUUCAGUAGCUUUUAUUUGAACGGUCACACUUAGGGAUUUCAUUCAAAGAGUCGAAAGCUAGAACCCCCUUCUACCGCAUACUAAACUAUACCAGAUGAAAGUACUGCUCAUCAGCUUCCAUUUGAACGGUUACGUUUUAUUCGCAGAUUUAAAAGUAAAAACUAACUUGUACAGUACAAUAUUAAAACAGUACCACAGGCAAGUACCAGUAGCUUCCAUCUGAAUGGUUACAAUUCAAGGUUUUCUUCACAGAUUCAAAAGUUAGAACCACCUUGUACUUAAAUAUUAAAACCAUACCACAGGAAAAAAAAUUCUCAAAAGCUUUCAUUGAAUGAUCACCCCAAAAGUUUGAAACUAGAUUAAUUGUGUGUAGAUCUUCAAAGGGAGGUUUAAUUACUGUUUAGAACUCUCUUUGUGAUUUGUACCAUGGUACAUUCUUAAAUUUUACGUUACUUGAUAAAAUUUCUACUCCUCAUACCAGGUACCUGACGCUACUGAUGACCCAGCUACUUACUGCAUACCUUACAGCAGAGGUUGAUGAAUUAUUCAUACAGUUAUUUGUCAGCUUACACAAGUCAAAUCUUCUCACAGCAGAUGUCUUUAUCAAGGUAGGGUUUUCGGUCUUACUGCAUGGUCAAUCCGAUACAUAGUCAUUUCGAUUCAAAGUCGUUUCGAUACAAAAUCUUUUCGAAACAAAGUCGUUUUUAUACAGAGGCGUUUUGAUACAAGUCGUUUCAAUUCAAGCUGACUUAGCAGGCCCUCAGUCGAGGAGUUAAUAUUGUCUCGCACUUUGCUUAAAGAGCGAGGAAUACAUUCACCCCAUAUGUUUUUUCUUGUUUACCCGCUAGCAAUAGUUCUGUUGUUGUCAAUUAACUAAAGAGCUAAUUCCUUCUCUAACGUUGAGUUUCAUAAUGUGCGAUUUACAAAACUGUAAAACAAAAUGAACGAAGCUGUACUAACAGAGUUCUUUUUUCUAAUUCCGUCUCUCUCAUUGGCUAUCUUUCAAAUCAAAUGUUAUUUUCUACGUCUCUGACGUGAACUUAUGGUAUGAAUUUUAGAAGCCUGUGCCGGGCUUGUAAGUGUUAAAUACGUAUUUAACAAUAUCAGCUAAUGUUUCGUAGCCGACAAAAUACUCAAGUGUGGUUUGUUUAGGGUUGAAUUAUUUAGUUGUCAAAAUUAAGUUUAUAUGUACUGCUGAUUUUUAAUAUUUUCUUUUGUCUGCUAUUUUACGUUCAGGGAGUUUCAGAGGUGCUGGAAAAGCAGCAGGAAUCUGAUGAGAAUCCCAAAGUGAAGAAACAGAUGGCAAAGAUUAUAGCAGAGUCUGUAACUCAGGUAAAGAGGACUUGUUAUUAACCCUUUCAUUGGCUACCCAUUACAACUUUAAUGGCCGUAUUCGCACACUCUAUGAGCCGAAAGGUUUGCAGGGCAUUGUCACUUUCUAUUUAACUUGUAAAGGACUGGUCUGCCUCUGAAACGUUUAACCAUGUUAAAAUCCGAGGCAUGAGCUCUCCUUUUUCAGUCUUGCUCCAGAUCUUUCGUUUCAUUGUUCGCGCGUACUUGACUACGCAAAAAAUUAAUAUGGACUGUCUAGAGUCUAGUCUCUAGUCUAGAGCACCAAUUCAACCUCAUUUUUCCCCUACGUACCGCACAUCCUCUCAAAUAUGCUCCCCUUUUUUCAGGGGGAAAAACUUCAGCCCCCUCCCCUCCCCCCUUAUUCUUGAAAACCAAAUUUAUGAAUAAUAGAUUUCCUUCGCCGCCCUUCCCCCACCGAAAAAAGGAUGGGCCUAUCUUGACAGUUCCAGUUUCCCUUUUUGGGUCCCACAAGUAAAAGGUUGUCUUGCAUUUUAUAAAUCGUUAAUCAGUAACGCAUAUGUAUCGGAGUCUCCUGCAAAUACUUUUGUCAGUUUUCUUGAAGAACAUGUGUCCAAUUAUUACUUAACUUGAUUGUUGGUAUUCAACAGGAAAUUUUGAGUCUGAUUGAAGUUAGCUCCCUUAGUGAAAAUGGAAAUUUUUACCCAGCCCUCCUGCUGUGCUUAAAAGAAUUGGAGAAUCUAAAAGGACAGGUGAGCUAAUUCAAUAAUACAUGUAGCUUGAGUAUNUUGGUGUGGGGUGCGGAGGGUUUUUGGGGGGGGGGGGGAAGGAGUGUGGUGAUUCCCCACAAAAUCCCCCCCCCCCCCCCCCAAAAAGGGCCUAAUGAAUAAAUUUUUUUUGUAUUUUAAAAUGUAGUUUGGCGGCGGGGGGGGGGGGGGGGAGGGCACCAGGGGAGUUUGAUGAUCGAAGAUUUCAUCUGAUGGCCUGGAGUCUGUUGUCUCUUAAGUAUCAGAGAUUUUCCAGCGGGAAAGGGAGAAAUCAGUGAACAUCCCUUCAAAAUAUCCUUUCUCCAAACCCCUUACGAAGGCCCGAUGUUUGGGUUACAUUUGCGUGUUAAAGCCUGGUUUUGAUUAUUGAAGAUUUCAUAUGAUGGCAGAGUCUCUGCUGUGUCUUGAUCAAUCUAGUGUUAACGGCUAUCGUUAAGGUUUUACUAUCAAGGAUGACCGCCAAACAACAGCAGAGCGAAAGCAGCGUGACCGAGUAGUCAGCACGUCGGAUUCGCAAUCUGGCGGUCCAGGGUUCGAGUCCCGCUCCUGAGUUCAAAUCCUUGGCCGCGCAUGUAAAUAGCCAACUGCAUAGUUGCUUCCUGUCAGUUGGGGUUUAAAAUCCUUUUAUGUUCUAUUUGAUUAUUUGUUUCUAAUUAUUUGAGUAGAGUACCUGUAAAUUAGCUGGAUUAGGUAAGUGCACUUUCCACUACAAACAAACCUUUAACGUUUAACCCUUUUUUAACGAAAUUCAAACAAAUCCUAAAUUUGAUUUUUUUAUUCUGUAGGAGUGGCUGGUGAAAGAAUUUACAGACAGUAAACUGGAUCUACUGUCAACUUUACCAGGUUUGUAUAAUUAUUACAAAGUCUGUGUACAUCAAUUUAUAAAAUGGGGGCAAAAACAACAAAUAACCAAACGGCGCAGGUGCAUGUGGUUAGCGUUCUAAUCUUUUACACUUUUUAUGUAAUAAGAAUAAACCAAUACGCCAGUGAAUUAGUUAGUAAGUAACAACUUUGCUUUAAGAGGGUGGCACAUAACAGUGGAAGUGACAAACUACUGCAACUCUAUCCUAAUCAGAUUAUUUAAUACUUUAAAUAGUUCUAAGACAAUCACAGCGAAUAAGGAAAAGCGAUAUAUACACUAAAAUUUCCAAGAUGAAAUUAUUAUACGCUUAAAAAGCUAAGCUAUUUUUUUCCAUCAGGAAUUUCCAAGUUAAUCAGGAAUUCUUUUAUCAGACCAUUUAUUAGGCUUUUUUGUAUUUGUUACAGAGGAGGACAGAACAAGCGAAAAGUUCAUGUCUAUCUUAGAGAAGCAGGUAAGUUUGUUUAGUCUUGCUUUUGGUGAUGAAUGAAUGAAUAAACGAACGAACGAACGAACGAACGAUCGAGCAAACGAAUUAACGCGAACAAGAACGAACGUGCAUGGUUUCUUAAGCCGCUCCUUGAAAAAUUGAUUUUUUUGCGAGCUGUUCCUUUGAAUUUCUUCAAAACAAUUUGAUCAUUUGGUCAAAAAUGUAUAUCCAACACUUCAAAAAGUAUUGUUUCCGUUCGAUGUACAGGCGCCUCGAAUGGACCUGGAAAAAACUCUCCUGCGCCUUAUUUUUUAACCGACUCUUUGAUGUCUGGAUAGCUAAUGAAACCGGCCCUCCUCGUGUACGAUGUAUUGCAUGAAAAUGAGUUUAAAACAGUCUAACCAAGUUGUCGAACCUCUCCUCAGAACCUGGUGUUCCUGUACCCCCUAUUGCAUAUCCAAGCGGAUCUUUUUUCCAAGAUCGAAGAGGAUCCAAGUGUUACUGCCAUCUACAAGUGGGUCAAGGUACGGUACUUAUCACACAUGUAAGUAACGCUUUACAGUGCGAUGCGCUUAGUCUUAGCAGAAUCUUAGCAAGGCAACCUUUCAGUUCUUUCCUGUUACAGCUGGAGGCAAAGACGUUUUUGAUUGAAGAAUGUCAACCGGAAGUGGAUUUUUUUGCAUUCUUGCGCGGUGGUUUUGCCAGACUUUCGGGCAAAUCGCCCCUUAAAGAGUAAAGACCCUUAGCAAUACGAAUUUUGUGGCGUCAAUAAAAAAAGCCUCAUUUCCGGUCGAUGCUGUUGCUCAAAACGUCUUUACUUAAGCUCCCUAUUGGCUACUUUGGGUCACAUGAUAUCUGACCAUGACAGUUUUUUCCGCCAAAAUUAUCCAAGUGAGUGACGUUGCAAAAUCUACCGUAUAUCCUUUCGGGUCAGAGGGAAACAGUGCGUUGGUCGGUUCUGUUUUAUUUAGAAUGUUGUUGUUUUUUUCUUGUUCGUAGGAUAAUGUAGAAUGCUCCUGGCACACAAAUCCCGAGUUUGUUAACGUGCUCACCACUUGGUAAGUUGAAGUAUUUUGUGAAACAAGAUCCUUCUCUUCUGUUCUCGACCUUCGCGGGUGUUUCCUGUUGUUGCAGAAACCAUUGUUGGUUGGCCAUUUUUGCUGUGGUGUGGGUAUUGUUCAGUGUCCUUUCAAUCUUAACUCUUUAAGCUCCAAUAACCAGAUUCAAAUAUUAUCCAAACUGAUUUCCAUGCAUUUACUAGAAUAUUUGAUUGAGAGGAUUUUGACAAACGAUCAUGGAGUUCUCCCUUAGUUUCUCAUUUCAACAAUUCUCGUUACCUUUCCUCUUCAUUUUGUAACAAUGCUGUUGGGAGAAAAUUGAUGUUGGUCACUCACAGGACUCAUGGUGAUUGCACCCGUCCGCAACACCAAGAAACUACCACCCUCGAAUUAGACCCACCGUUGCUUUACCGACUGAGCUACCAGGCCAGAGCAGACAAAGUCGUGAGAAAAUUGUUUGUUCCGUCAUUUGUGCUACGCGGUUCAACACUUAUAUGGGACAUAACAAUAUCUAGCAAUCACAACCCUAGUAUAUUUCUGUUAUGGUUUGCAGGAAUGGGUAGGGAGGGGAGCGCAAUUCGCAGGGAACUCAGGUUUCCCGAUUAUUACUACUCCCUUAGGAUAGACCUGGAGGGGCCCUUCCUUAUUCAAAAACUGUCUCUUACCGUAAAUUCGCUUUUAAGCACCUCCCUCUCAAAUAAUCCCCUUCUCUCAGGCUCCCGUUUUGCAGUGGAAGAAAGUAAAUAAGCCCCCCUCCCCUUCCUCUUAUUAUUCUUCACUACUAAACGAUAGACUGUACUAAUUAAUCACGACUGUAAAACUUCUUGUGGACUCAUCUUGGAUGGUUUAUUUACUAACUGGAAAUUCAAUCUUAACUCUUUAAGCUCCAAUAACCAGAUUCAAAUAUUAUCCAAACUGAUUUCCAUGCAUUUACUAAAAUAUUUGAUUGACAGGAUUUUGACAAACGAUCAUGGAGUUCUCCCUUAGUUUCUCAUUUCAACAAUUCUCAUUACCUUUCCUCUUCAUUUUGUAACAAUGCUGUUGGGAGAAAACUGAUGUUGGUCACUCACAGGACUCAUGGUGAUUGCACCCUACCGCAACACCAAGAAACUACCACCCUCGAAUUAGACCCACCGUUGCUUUACCGACUGAGCUACCAGGCCAGAGCAGACAAAGUCGUGAGAAAAUUGUUUGUUCCGUCAUUUGUGCUACGCGGUUCCACACUUAUAUGGGACAUAACAAUAUCUAGCAGUCACAACCCUAGUAUAUUUCUGUUAUGGUUUGCAGGAAUGGGUAGGGAGGGGAGGGCAAUUCGCAGGGAACUCAGGUUUCCCGAUUAUUACUACUCCCAUAGGAUAGACCUGGAGGGGCCCUUCCUUAUUCAAAGACUGUCUCUUACCGUAAAUUCUCUUUUAAGCACCUCCCUCUCAAAUAAUCCCCUUCUCUCAGGCUCCCGUUUUGCAGUGGAAGAAAGUUAAUAAGCCCCCCUCCCCUCCCUCUUAUUAUUCUUCACUACUAAACGAUAGACUGUACUAAUUAAUCACGACUGUAAAACUUCUUGUGGACUCAUCUUGGAUGGUUUAUUUACUAACUGGAAAUUCAGAUUUGUUUUUGAUCCUCGACUGCAUGACCUCCAACUUCUAGUGCUUGAGCUUUUCCACUUUUGUUAUUGUCCUUUAUGGAGAACUGAUACCAUAGUCUUUGCUGAAUUAAAUACCCCCCCCCCCUGGGGGGGGGGCUAAUGGAGGAUUUACGGUAAUCCAUCAACUAUGGUUCUUUUCCAAUACAGCCUGCUUAAGUUUGCCACCAAAGACAGCACCCUAGCUGAUGGUAUAGAUGCCUCACAGGCUCCAGAUAAAGACGUCAUAGAGAAAGAAAAAGCAGCCCUCAAGAAGUUAUUGCCUCUAGUAGAAAAGUUUGUUCACGAGAAAGUUGCUUUGCAAGUGAGUUGUCCUUCUUUGUGCAUAGCCUGCUACGCUUUUGACCUUCUCUUUGCUUUUCUUGCAAUGAUUUGAAAGCAAUAGAGGAUUUCGUGAGAAGCCAAAGGGACCUCUGCGCAGGAAGCUGCGAUCGAAGCAUUGCCUUUUGCUUUUGCUAUCCUGCAUUCGCCACUUUGAGGUUGCGCGGGAGACCGGGUCGAGAUGUUUUUAAAGUGCAUUGUGAGACUUUUUGGGGGACGCAUUUUCAACAUGGCGGCAAAUUCUUUCCCCAAAACAGUCCCACAAUGCACUUUGACAACCAUCUCGACCCGGUCUCCCGCGCAACCUCAAAGUGGCGAAUCAGGGCACGGUCGUUCAAACGUUACGUAGCGCUAUCCACCAUAUAAUGCAGGCACUAUCCAGUGCAUAAGUAUGAGGGAAGUCAAUUGUGUUAUCCAGUGGAUUGAGAUUUCUUCAGUGGAUUGCGUUAUCCACCUUUUGAACAACUGGGGCGUGGGCUCAGUUGCUCAGUAGGUGCAUAGCACUUGUCAGGCCGCCGCCUCCUUCUCCCCGCUCAUGCUACUCGCCUUUUUCUUUUAGUUAACUUGGCUUUUCUAUGUGCUAUGCGUUCUACCCCACUAACUUUCCAAAGAAAAAACUGCGGGAAUUAAACUGCGGGCCGUCUAUCUACUUUGACGAACUCCUAAUUUAUAGCUCUUUCGACCAUGUAGUCAAUUCUGUCAGUACUAAUUCCUGGUUUGCUUGUGUUUACAGGUCAGCGUGCUCUAUGCACUGCAAGUGUUUUGCCAUAGUCAUAACUUUCCUAAAGGUACUGCUGCAUUUAGUACGCUAUUCUAUUGACACUGAGGGAUUGAUGUCGUGUUAUCUUAAUUAGGGAGCUUAAACAACUGGGGUGACGACUUCAACAAAAACGACAAGGAAAAACGGCAAACUAGAGGCUUAACCAGCAAGACAACAACUGUGCACGUGUAUCGCACUUUUUGGUACAUUUUUAUCCUCAUUAUGACCACAAAACCGAUCACCAUCUGUUUUACUUAAGGCAUUUAACUAAAUCGUGUGUCUCGUAAUAGAGUCCAAGGGGCCGUUUCUCAAAAGUCCCGAUAAUUUCGGGGCCCUAAAAGGUGUUUGGAGUCCAAAAUCGAGGUUUCAAUCGUUUCGCAAAUAACGUGAUAAAACUAUCAGUUGACAAAACAAAAUGGACUGGUCUAUUAGCUAGGAAGGGCGCAUUUAUUCUUUAUUCUGUUUCUGGGAAAGUGGCCCCAGAAGUGCAAGAGGUAUUUUGGCAGGAGCCCAUUACCGUCUCCUGAUUUUGGUCUGUGCUGUUAAUGUUGAAAUGAUGAUGUUAACUAACUGCUAGAUGUGUUUAUUAUAGGUAUGCUGCUACGCAUGUUCGUGUUGUUGUACGACACUGAAGUGGUGGAAGAAGAAGCAUUUUUGAGGUGGAAGGAAGAUGUGAGCGAAAAGCACCCCGGCAAAGGAAAGGCUCUCUUCCAGGUACGGAGUAGCUCCGUAGGUUCUUGA